UUUGAAGAAAAGAAGGAUUGAUAAAUUAGAUGAGUAAAGAAUAAAGAUGGAUAGGACUCGGAUUAGAGCGAUCCUCGCCACUAGACUUCGAUUAGUUACAAUUAGUGCCAAUUAGUCAAUUGAGGGCUGGAAGAGUUUUUCUCAUAGUGAUCAUGGUUGUCUCAAAAAUUCUGACACAGUGGUCUUUUUUCUAUCACGAACUUGUUCGGCUGCACAUUUUUUCACUGCGGUGUAAAUAGAGAGGAACAUUUUCCAAAGUCAUGGCCUCUUCAUCUGAGAUUCCAGAUCGGAAGACUAAGAAAAGGAAGGAGGAGGAAUUAGAUUGGCCCAUGGAGGUGAAUAUUUUAAGAACUGCGCUUCGAGAGAUGGACGAGCAAGAAGAAGCAAUGGAAAGAGGGAUGCCUCAUGGAACUUCGAUGGAGAAACGACACGAACGCAAACGAGAUUGGCAUAGAAGGAAAACCUCAUAUUUGAACAUGAUCGAACAAGCAUUAGCAAGGUCACAUAAGUCAACCAUUCCGAAUCACAAUGGGAAGGAAAAAAUUGCUGGAAUUAGCCCCGCAUGCACAGGUUGAGCUCGUUUUACAACUUUGUAUGAAGGGAAAAAGAUCAAGUAGUAUGCAAACUACCUUCAAAAACGAAUUGGUAGAUUACUAUGAUGUGAAACGCAUCGACGAGAAGGAUCAAAAACAAUUGUGGUGUGUAGUAUCACAUACGUGGGGCGCCCACAAGCAAAGGAAAGCUGCCCAUAUAAUGCCCUUUCGUUUGAGACAAUUACCGCUGGUACAUAUAUUUGGAAAAGAUGUUGCAGAUGAAUUUUGAUCAGUUAAGAAUGGUCUUAUAUUAGAAGAUGAGAUUGAACAGUAUUUUGACAACUGUCAACUUGCAAUUGUACCAUGCUUAUCUGAAGAAGAUGCUUGGGAAUUAAGUGUGAUGGAUAAACAUUUAUUAAAUAAAUGCCAUCAUUAUUCUCAAACCUUGUUCAGAGAUCUUCAUGGAAGAAAACUAGCAUUCAGAAAUGCAAAUAGACCAAGAAGAAGAUAUCUAUAUUAUCAUUGGCUUGUAUGUAUAAAUAUCGCGGCUCGCAAAAAGAUAAAUUUGCAAAGAAUUGAGGAGCAAAAGUUACGAUUCAGCAAAUAUUGGGGUACCCCUGGAAAAUAUUUGAGAGAGGAGAUGAUAGCCGCAAUGAUGGCAUAUGUUGGAUAUGAAGGAUUCUCAGGAGACAAUGAAAAUGCGAGCGAGGAUGAGGAGGAGGAGGAGGGAGACGAGGAGGAGAGGGUGUUGAGAAAGAAGAAGUAGAAAGGGGAAAGGAGGGAAAGGAGCGAAAGGAGGGAAAGAAGGGAAAGGAGGA